AUGGCCAUCGAGGGGUUCACAUUGGCGAUGUCUAUCCUCAACUUCACUGGGGGCAUCCUGUCUGCCUUGGGCUCGGGAUUCAUCAUCUUGUGUUACCUUGCGCUGCCUCUACGCCGCCAUUUUCGUCACGUCUUGAUCCUUAAUCUUGCCGUCGCUGAUUUCAUCAACUCGGUCAACAACUCUGCAUCGGGUUCGCAGAUUCUCAUCAAGAAGAGAGAGUUGAGUUCUGGCCCGGCGUGCGUCUUGAACGGCUUCAUCGGUCAAAUCAGUGUGCAGGCCGCUGACUGUGCGAUAUUGGCGAUCGCGGUGGUCACCGUGUACACCAUCACCAAGACGUCCCACUCGCGUCUUGUCUCAGGCGAAUGGGAAUGGCCAAUGAUAAUGGGAGUGACUGGCGCCAUAUGGUUGCUGCCGUUCACAACCAGUUUCCUUGCUUUGGGGAAACAUUGGUAUGCUCCGGUUUCUGGGAAUUGGUGCUGGCUCGUCGAUAACCCAGUUCACCUUCGCUAUGUUCUCACACAUGGCUGGAGAUAUCUCUUCAUGCUUCUCGAGCUCAUUCUGUACACAUACCUGCAUAUCUUUCUUCGCCGACAUUUCCGCAGACUCGCGGUUCCUAUCGUUUCGAACGUUCCGACCUCUUCCAAUCAUUUCACUCAGUCGAUCCCAUUGACACCGGUUACAUUCACUCCACAACCUCAUGCUGAUGGUACGGAGUCUAAACAUGAUGUAGCCUCAUCUUCGCAUCCCGAAUAUCCUGCCUCUCCCUUUGCGGAUGAUGACCUGCCAAAAAUGCGUGGCCCACUCACCGACAAUCCCUACGACGCGGAGCCCUCCUCGCCGAUCCCUACUGGCCCUUCACAGUCGCAGGCAAAACCCAGUGGUGGGUCACUGAAGCACGUAUUCGCACACCGUCGUGCAGAAAAACCCAACAAACCAGCGUCUUCAGUAAACCCUCGAGAGCGUGCCAUCCAGCGCGUUCUGCUGCUCAACGCAUACCCCUUGCUCUACAUCAUUCUGUGGAUUCCGGGCUUAGCGAAUCGCAUCAUCGAGGCAUCAGGUGGUUCAUCGCGGGUAACGCAAGUGAUGCAAGCCUCUACUCAGUUUGUUGGAUUAGCGAACGCACUUACAUAUGGAUGGAACGAGAGGAUCAUGACACAGUUAAAAGAGAAAUACCGACCACGUUAUUAA